GGGUAGUCCAGCGUCAUUGGGCUCAAGCACACAAGAACUGGACAGUCAGGGACUAGAAGAAGAUUCUGUGGUCAGAUGAGUUCAGAUUUCAGCUUUAUCUUCCUCCUGCUAAUGUGAGGGUAUGCAGAAGGCCAGGUGAAGCAUUGUCUCCGGCAUGUAUGGUACCUACUGUCAAACAUGGUGGAGACAGUAUCGUGGUUUGAAAAUUGAACUGAAUUGAAAAUCUGUGGUGGAUUAUCAAAAGGUCUGUUUCAAAGCACAAACCAAAGAAUCUCUGUUAUUUGCUGACUUUGAUACUGACUAUGUUGAGAACUAACAUACUGAAACUGUCAACAAUUUAGUUUUGUUAGUUUUUCUCGUAAACAACACACAAAAAAACAUCUAAUUUUGUAUUGUCUGUGUCUGUAUAAUGCAGCCACACCUUUUGAAACACAAAAAGUAUUUUUCCACAAAUAUUUCAUGAUAAUAUUUGAAAAAUAUUUUCCACCACUGUAGAUUUGAAUGCCAGUGGUUCCACAGUCUCGAUGAGAGCCUAAUGCCACUCAUUGCAGAACUCGUCAGUGUUGCUGAAAGACUGUUCAGUGACUUGGACUGUCCACACAUAAAUCUGUACAUGACAGUACAGUACAGGCCGUACAGUUGACUUGCACUACCCCAUCAUGGCACCUUCAGUAACAGCCUCAUACCAUCAUUAUAUGCUACGUUCAGUUUUCACAUACUGUUUUUUUUUGUAACACACCACAGAUGGGCAGCGUACAUGGUGAGCACAUACUAAAUUCAUCAAUCAGCAUAUUGGCUUCUACUGUCUGCAAAUGUCCCUAUCAUCAGAUAAGUUGUCAGUAAUAUAAUGUCCUAAAUAUUUGACCUCAGCACAUUAUUUAAGGACUAUACCAGAGCGAGUGAAGUAAGGAAAUGACUCUGAGUUGGUCCUCUCUAAUUCUUUCAUAAUGUUGAUUUUCUUUGAAUUAUGUUUAAUGGCAAAGUCUGAGCCAUACUGAGAGGUUAACUUUAAUAAAUGUUGAAGUCCAGAGAUCCAGCCCAGAGUCCAAAUCAUCUGCAUACAUCAGGUGACUGGUUAUGGUAUUACCAACCACACAGUCUGUUCUGCAGCUAUUUAAUAACUUUGAUAUAUCAUCUACAUAGAUAUUGAACAGAAACUGAGAUAAUAUGUUCUCGUGCCUGACUCCAUUACUAACUCUGAAGAGAGCGGACAUGGAAUUGCCCCAUUUUACAUACAUUGACUGGUGUCUAUACCAGAAAACCAGGAUUCUCACUACAGGAACUCCUCUGCUGUAUAGCUUAUUGAAUAACUUCAUGUGAUUCACAUGAUCAAAAGCCUUAGAGGCGUCAAUGACAUACAUACAAAAUGUGGAAUUAUACCUGUUGAACAAAUCUAACCUCUUUUAGAGCAAAUGCAUACAUCAGUACCAUGUUUUGUUUAAAACCAAAUUGGCUGUCAGAGGUCAAACAAACUGUUCCAAUCUAUUCAAUGAAGUCCUCCCUAAGACCUUGGAUAAAAUACUGGCCACAGCUAUGGGUCUGUAGAUGUCCAGAUUGUGAAUUUUGACAGCUUUGGCACUAACACAAUAGAUAAAAUGGAAUUAGGAAGAAUGCUGUGACUUAAGAAGCCUGUAAAUCAAAUAUCAAGUAGGGGGCAGAGUUCUCUACGUGCAAAUUUGAAUGCUCUGCAGAUAUAUUAUCCAUGCCACAUCUAUUAUAUACUCUUUGAGUAUCCUAAUGGAAUCAUAUAUUUCUCGCGUGGAGACAGUUACAACCUCAUUACUAUAUAGGAGUUGCUUUUAACACAGUUGAACAGCUCAUAGUAACGUUUUUGCCACAACUGGGUAAUUUCCUCUACACCGUUGACACCAUCAGUGUUACUUGGUAAUGAUGCUUUACAGCUAUUCAUUCUUUUGAUUUAUUUCCAGAAAUCCUUGGGAUCAUGACUUUCUAGCUUGCUUGCAUUUUCAUUCCUCUUGAUGAAUCGCAGGGCACAUUCAAAUUUUGCCUGUUUCUUAAAUUCAAAUAAGGGAGUAUCUCUUUGCCUGCCUGCUUCAACCCAACUCUCUCUGGCCUCAGCAUGAAGGUCUUUUACAUAAUUGUUCCAUCCUGGUUGGGCUUUGUUUAACACAGGGACCUGCUUGAGGUACAAUAUUAUCAUAUAAAUAGCACAGUUCAAUUAUCUGUUGAUAAUUCAACAUUACUCAGUGACUUGUCAGAAUGGAAAUAUUAUCCACAUAGAUCCUCCUCAUUCAGGUUAGACCAUUCUGUUUCCCCCACAUGCAUAUUGUUAUCUACAGACAAGAGAGCAGGUAUAUUGCCUAGGUUGACAGUAAAGGAAAAGGGCACAUGGUUAGUAGAGGAAAAUUCAUAGUUACUCCUCUAUGGUGUCAUGAGCAUCAGCUGUACAGACGCAGUGAUCUAACCAUGAUGUUGUGCGCUAUGCCUCACUAAUGUCAGUGUAAUAGGGCGAAGUCAAUUUACUAGACAGAAUUCAGCUGUUAUCUGAGCAGAAAUGUAUGAAAUGGUUGCCAAAUUAUGAAACACCCAUAAUAAUGAAACAGUCCGAGGCAUUGUCUUGAAAAAAGGAUGUGACAUAGGCCAAUGUAUUAAGAUAGUCAUCUUCAUUUUGAUAACACUCUUAAGGUAUAUAUAUAUUUAGAACAAUUAAGUUUUUUACCUCCAUAGUGGAAUUUAAUUCCUUUUUUGUCAUCUCCCUGGUCAUUCUGUGUCAUUAUUUAUAUUUGUUUCUGGUCAUUUAGAUUCUCUGUAAUAAUUUGUUAUCUUCCUGCAAAUGUGUUGCGUCUCUGAAGUCGUUUCUAUUCUUUGUGGUUGUUUUGCAUCUUUGCAUCUUCCAUAGUUUUAGAUCUUUUUACGUAUUUUUAUGUUUUUAGAAGAAUCUUUGUGUUGAUGUUAUUUGUCUUUUUGGAUAGAAGUGUUAGACGCACUAGUAGCACCGUUGAGUGACGGCUCUGUGGUUAAAAAACGAAAUGAACCACCAUGUAUUCAGCCGCUCUUUGGCUUCUCUGUUUGACAGCUGCUCCUCGUGCUCCUUCUGUUUACAUUCUGCUCCGGGACCACGCGGCUGUUGCUGCUCGCCCUCUGAUUGGCUUGACGUCAACGCGAGCCCUCCCACAGGCGGGACUCCUACGCGGAAGUUGCUUCGGUGCCGCGUAAAAAAUCGAAAAUAUCUAUGUAGAGCGUGAACAAUAUUACAAGUAUCUGCCAAUACAUUAUUUCCUAGCGACUACCGAGUCGUUUAAGUUUAACCGGAACGUACGGAAAUCGGUGUUUACUACAUAAAACCUUCCGUCGACUCGGUGUCCGUUAGAAGUGAAUGUAACUCUCGGCUUAACCUGGUAAAUCACCCGUUUAUCUGCGUCCUGACGUUUAUAAAAAGCUGCUUCAUCGCAGAGAGGAGUAUAUGAACCCCUUUUAAACCAUUCGGCGUUGCUCAUUUGUAAAAAUCUCAGUUCAGAUUUGAACAUUUAGCGCGUUUCUGUUAACCGGGAACGGGCAUGCGCAGUAGGGGAGUCUGGCAGAUGCGGAUAUAAGGAUUGGCGCCGGCGCCACAGCUGAUGCAUUCAUUCAUUCUUCGCCGAGGAGGUAAGAGCACCGAGCUCUAACGCAUAGUUACAUUACUAUUUUAAAAAUUCUAACAUAUGUCUGGCUUCACAACCUUCUAUACUUUGCAGUACGAGCUUCAACUUUAGAUCCUAACCCUUAUCGAAGUGUAUUUUUUGUGUAAAAUGGACAAGAGAGGUAUUACAACCGUAUCUAGGUAUUUAACUUAUAUUUUACAGUAUUGCACUUUGUUACCAUUUCUAAUACUCGAUGCUUUAUCUCAGAUCAGUCUUGCAUUCGAUCCUAGGCGUGUGCUUAGUUGAAAAUCUGGUAUUUUGGUGAAGUUUGUCAGCACAAACGCUGAGGUCGCUCCUAUUUUUACAGCUCGAACAAAGCAGUUUAACUGGCUUGUGCUUUGUUGCACGUUUUCCCUAAAUCUAGCAAUGAUUUCGUCGUUUGUGUGUGAGAACUGUGGAUCCACAGUUUAUCUGCACAUCGGGGUUAAGGUGGUUAUAGUUGACCUAGUUAGCUGUUAUAGGGCUAAGUUUGCUAAUUACAGUAGCUCUACUUCGCAUCGCAGCCUCGCGGUGGUCUCGGUUUACCCUGCCUUAUUGGCGCUUAAUGGGCAUGAAAUAGGUUGAUAUUAACGCAUGUGGUCGUCGGGGGUUUAUCCUAGCUGUUGAUAUCAGUUUAAAGACUAUAUGUUUGGUCUGCAACGGUCGUCUACAGAGUUGGGAAGAGCCAUAAAUACAGUCAGCAUCAUGUCCAGACGCAGUGGUCGCAUCACACUUCAAGCCAGAGAUUCAAACACACCUGAUCAGACCGCCAAAGCCACGCUGAAGAGGAGGAAGUCCGAGCCCUCGAAGAAGUUACGACCUGCUGCCAAGAAGCAAAGCUAUGAAAUACAGACGUGUUGGUCGGAAGAGGGAGCAAGCCCGUGCAUUCUCAUCGAAACUCCCCACAAAGAGCUGGAGCCUGCAGACCCAACCAGCUUCAAGCAGUACAGAUUCAAGAAUCUCUUCAUCAAGGCCUCCCCCAUUCCUCGCCUCAGUUGGGCCAGUUCAGACGAUGUGUGGAUCAAAAUGCUCAACAAGGAGCUGAAGUACGUCCAUGACAAAAGCUACCUGCAGCGGCACCCCAAGCUGCAGCCCAAGAUGAGGGCGAUUCUGCUGGACUGGCUGCUGGAGGUGAGUGAAGUGUACAGCCUCCACAGACAGACGGCCUAUCUCGCUCAGGACUACUUUGACCGCUUCAUGCUGACUCAAGAGGACAUCAGCAAAGACUGCCUGCAGCUCAUCGGCAUCACGGCGCUCUUCAUUGCCUCCAAGAUAGAGGAAAUCUACCCUCCUAAAAUCUACGAGUUUGCCUACGUCACAGAUGGAGCCUGCGAUACAUGGGACAUCCAGCGCACAGAGCUUCACAUACUGAAGGCUUUGGACUGGAACCUCUGUCCAGAGACGCCCAUCUCAUGGUUGAAGCUUUAUGCUCAGGUUGAAGCUCAGAAAGAUGGAGAGAACUUCCUAGAGCCACAGUUCUCCCAGGAAACCUACAUCCAGAUCACACAGCUGUUGGACUUGUGCAUGAUGGACAUUGGUUCGUUGGACUACAGCUACAAUGUUCUUGCUGCAGCUGCUUUCUGCCACUUCUCCACCUUUGAAGUUGUUCAUAAAGUCACAGGCCUGACGUGGGAAAGCGUGUCACCCUGCGUUCGGUGGAUGAGUCCCUUCAUGGACACGCUCCAAUGUGAACCCAAACCUCAACUCAAGAACUUCCCCAAAGUUAAAGCUGAUGACAGACAUAAUAUCCAGACUCACGUGUCCUAUCUAGACAUGCUGAGGAGAGCUCAGGAGUAUCAGAUCGACAACCCUGAGUGUCAGCUGUCGCCUGUUGCCGUGGGAAUGAUGCCGACUCCACCUAACAGCACAGAGAAACCAGCCAAACCCUGAGUGAGACCCACUACCUCUCCCCUUUCUGACCUGAAGGCAGACUUCUCAGAGCAUCCUCUCGUUGGACGGGAUGGACAGGAUGCAGUUCGAAACAAACACACCUCGUGUAGCAUUUUCUUUGUUUUUAUUUCUUUUUUCUUUUUUUUUUCUUAAUGUAUAAACACUAAGUUCGGACUUCUUGUCAGUCUUCAAUAUGAAUAUUGUCAAGAAUAACAGUUCUUAGGCAGGAAACAAAAUCGUUUUUUAAUUUGAAUUUUUAUUCAGAAAUUGAACCAGCAGCUACCUGCACAAAACAGAUGUUUAGCCGAGGCUGGUGGAGGAAGGCAGCCAGCUGCUCUCGCGCUUCUCGUUUAGUACACAGGUUUUGGUUUGAGAGGAAACAGAUAAUUUUUGUCGCCGUAUCGUCACUGGUGCUGUUCCAAGAGUAGAAAUUUCAAUGCUUUCAGAUGGUGCUUCAGUCAUAUUCUCAGGAAUAAUGGAAACAAGGAGUUGUCUGUUUCAUUACAGUGAAUCUCAUUCCCAACUGAACCGGUGAACUUAGAGGUUUGGUCUGUGUGUGUGUUUUCUUUUCUUUCUUUCUUUCUUUCUUUUUUUUUUUCUUUUUUAAUAAAUUAAAAAAAAAAAGUAUAUCCCCAGCUAAAUUUAAAACCUGAUGCAGGUACAGAUUUACUCUGUGUUCUGGCCACAGAGGAACAAUGGCUUGCUCCUGAGCUACAAAGCGUCUCUGCCUGCGUGAGCCACAGCAACGAUCAGUCACUUCUGUUGUGACGAGGUGCUUUGAACGCACCUCAGCCGUUUGUGGCCCAGUCAUCGCUGCAACCAAGUUGCACAUUUCUCGUUACAUUCCUGGGAAACUUGACGAUUUAACUUUGUUUUUGUUUUGUUUUUUUUCUUCUCUCAAGUGCUUGUAUUUAUUGAGAAGCCUUAGCAUGUAAAGAAAACUAAUGUCUGUUCAUAUGUAAAGUUUUCCAGCAUUGAAUAAGCGCCGUUUGAUUGCCAAAGCCGCAAGCUAUUUAUGAUUUCACUCGGUGACACCUGUUGAAUUACAGUUCAUGUUGUAUACUAGCCUGUCCUUUUAGUGCCUUUUUUAUUAUUAUUAUUUUGUUUUAUAUAAAGUAAAAGGAAUUUCAAUGUACGGCUACUUAAUUUAAGUGGGGAAGGCUGGGAUCAAUCUAACCUGUGACUGUAAACCCCCCACAGUGAACAAACGGCCGCAUAAACUGUAUGUAGAUGUUAAAGAAAUAUGUUUUUGUACAUAGAAUUCAGAAUUGUUAUUUUUCUUUUAUAUUUGAAUGUUUUCAAUAACAUCAUGACACCAACUUGC